UGCCGGAAUGUGGUUAGGAAAAACAAAAACCCAGUCGCAGCAGUAAAUCAGCACAUGGCGCUUCCUGUUUGGUUGAUUUGAGCAUUUCACAGGAGAAAGAAGGGGGAAAAAACCCGAGAAGUUUUUACGAAUGGCUGGACUCGAGCUGCUGUCCGAUCAGGGCUACCGGCUGGAUGGACGGAAGGCCACCGAGCUGAGAAAAGUUCAGGCGCGUAUGGGGGUGUUCGCGCAGGCGGACGGAUCUGCGUACAUGGAGCAGGGGAACACCAAGGCGCUGGCGGUGGUGUACGGACCACAUGAGGUUCGAGGGUCCAGAAGUAAAUCCCUUCACGACAGAGCAGUUAUUAACUGCCAGUACAGCAUGGCCACGUUCAGUACGGCAGAGAGGAAAAGACGACCACACGGCGAUCGCAAGUCCAGCGAGAUGAGUCUUCACCUGAAACAGACCUUCGAAGCCGCCGUCCUCACCCAGCUCUACCCACGCUCACAGAUUGACAUCUAUGUUAAGAUCCUCCAGUCAGACGGGGGAAACUACAGUGCCUGUGUUAAUGCGGCUACUCUGGCCCUGGUGGAUGCUGGCAUUCCCAUGCGUGAUUACGUGUGCGCCUGCACGGCUGGUUUUGUGGAGGACACGCCGCUGGCUGAUCUGUGUCACGCAGAGGAGAGCGGUGGUGGCACCACACUGUCUCUGGCACUUCUACCUCGCAGUGAGAACAUCGCACUGGUGCAGAUGGAUGCCCGUCUCCACCAGGACCACCUACCAGCUCUGAUGGAGGCAGCAAUGGAGGCCUGUAAGGGUCUUAGCAAAGUGCUGGACAGUGUUGUGCGCCAACAUCUGCAGGAAGUUUCUGUGCAGACACGAGAGUGACGAGUCCUUCUGCAGUUUGGUCUGUAGAACGAACUAUUGUUUUAUAUUUGUACCAGGCUUGAAUGCGUCAGGUCUGACCCAGGUGACCUGGAUGUCUAAAACACAGGUUCUUGGUGUUUGAAGAGAUAACACUGGUGCAAAAAUGUUUAAGAUUUGACAUUGAAUAAUAUUUCUGUACUAUUAUUAUUUGUAUUUCCUGAACAGAGCAUGGUCAUUGGGUAAGAAAAGAAAUAAAGGAAGAAUAAACAUCCACUAUAA